UGAAACCUUCAUUUUUCACAUCCAUCAGUUUUCUCUCCAAGCUUGUGCCAGCAACAGCUUACCAAGUAGAGAGAAAAAUAUUCCAUAAACAUCCCAGUUCUAGUGAAAUGGGUUCCCAAACAAAGCCUACGCUUCCUACCAUCAACUUCUCCAUUGAAGACUUGAAGCCUGGCUCAGCUUCUUGGCUGUCCACCGCCAAACAAGUCCGUUUUGGCCUCGAAGAAUACGGCUGUUUCGUGGCACAGUAUGAGCAAAUUUCUGGGGAACUUUUAAACAGCAUCUUCGGGCAGGCCAAAGAUUUGUUUGAGGUUCCCAAAGAAAACAAAGUAAAGAACGUUGGUGAGGAACCUUAUCGUGGGCAUAUGGGUCCAAACCCCCUUCUGCCACUCUAUGAAAGCUUGUGUAUUGAUAAUGUGACAUCCCCACAGGAAACUCAAAAGUUCAAAAAUCUCAUGUGGCCUGAAGGAAAGACCAACUUCUGCGAAACCACAGAUUCAUUUGGGCAGUUAUUGGCAGAUUUGGAACGCACAGUUGAACAAUUGAUAUUCGAAAGCUAUGGGAUUGGAAAGCAGUACGAGUCAGUUGGUAGUUCCAACGGUCACCUUCUUAGAUUCAUCAAAUAUACAGUACCAGAGGACAACGAUACCACCUUAAGGUUUCCGAGCCACACAGACAUAAACUUCACCACCAUUGUUGUUCAGCAUGAUAUCCCUGGCUUGGAGGUAAAAACCAAGGAAGGCGAUUGGAUUGAUGUUGAGUGCGCACCCUCUCAAUUCGUAUUCAUGGCAGGUGAUGGAUUGCAGGUGUGGAGCAAUGACAGAGUGAAAGCUUGCCAUCACCGAGUGAAGCAUUGCGGAAACAAAACAAGAUACUCAAUUGGACUGUUUACUUUCAACAACGGGAUUUUCCAAGUGCCGCAAGAAUUAGUGGACGAAAGCCACCCACUCCUCUACAACCCAUUUGAUAGCCGUGCCUUUAUUCGAAAAUAUGCUACUACUCCUGAGCUGAAGAAGGAACCCUCUCCUAUCAAGGCCUUCGCCGGUGUCAAAGCUUAAUUUGCAGAGUUAUGGUUGCUGAUGGUUUGUCUUCUACUGGUAAAUUAUGGUCGCUGAUGUUUAUAAUAAGCCAUAAUAAAUGUGUUCUUGGUUGCUUGGAAUCUGUCUUAAUUUCCUUGGCUUCCGGGAACUGUGUGUCACGUCGUGCUGUUAUUGCUAUUGACUGGUAUAUUUUUAUGGGAUUCAAUGCGAUGCUAGUAUAUUCUAAUGUAUUGACUACAUCUAUUUUAUAAAAAUAAAUAAAUUUUCAUUGGUUAGACCGACUACUCAGGCCUAAUCUUUUAAGGCCUAGUGGGUGGUUUUUAUUUUUGGUA